AUGACAAGAGGAAGCAUAAAACACGAAGAAAUACACAACGAAUAUAGGAGAAAUGCGAUGUUCCGAAAAAGGAGAGACGGUUUGCUGAAGAAAGCCAACGAGCUGUCGAUUCUAUGUGGAGUCGACGUAGGCAUCGUGAUCCACAAGAAGGAGCAAAGCAACGCGGUUCUGUGGCCUUCUCCCGAGAGCUUCAGGUCAAGGGUGCAGAAGUUCAUGGAGUUUCGAGACGAGGAAAGAAAGAGAAGGAUGAGCACACAUGAGGGUUUGGUGAAGCAGAUGGUGCAAGGAGAGAUGGAAAAUCUUGAGAAGCUGAAGAAUGCCAUCCAGUUGAAGGAGUCUCAGCAGCUCGUGGUGAAGUCGAUGCAGACGAACUCGUUCAACGGCUUUGGAAUCGAUCAGUUGAAUGCUAUGAAUUCAUUUGCAGAUCACAUGCUUAAGAAGCUGCAACAAAGAGAUAAUGACCUAAAUGCUAAAUAA